CGCCGUGGCCAACCGAGCUGCGUCGCAAACGAUGGAGUGUGCGGCGAGGGGGAGAACUCCGUGCGUCGGCCCAGCCACGAGACGCUGUGCUCGCUGUGAAGCUGUUUCUUAUUGCUCUAUUGCUCACCAGAUUGCACACUGGAGUCAUCAUAAACAUGAGUGUGAACGGUUAGAAAAACAGAUGAAGAAUGUGGAUGUAUUGAAUGAAUUUCCUUUCACAUUCUCUCCAGAAGCUACAUAUCGGAUUUGUGAAAAGCAAGAGACUAGGUGUUCAUUUUUGGCGAAGAGGCAUCUUCAUCAGGUGGGAAUGUGGCUGCACGAAUGCUGUUGUGGAGCAUCAUGCGGCGCCUUUGAUCGAUUGAACAAAGGCUGGGAUCUCUCAAGUCAUUUCUGCCCAUGUUCUGGGCCUGAAUCUGCUAUAUCAGAGGAGUUGCAUAGUUGGGAAGACUACUGUAAGUGGAGGUGCAUUCCACUGGACUCACCUGUUGCUUUACUUCUUCACUGGCCACUUACGGUAUAUCAUGCUUUGCAACUUGUUGGAAUCACGAUCCCGAAUCCUGAAAUUAAUGAUAAGCUGUACAUACAUUACCUUGGACCUGAGAAAGAGCUUCUACAACUUGUGGUGUUUGGGGAAUUACGGGCACUCUUCCCCGGUGUACGUAUUCAUGUAGAACUUGUUGGGCCUGCGAUUCCUCUACACAGGGAUGGAGAGAAGAUCAGUAUUUCUCAGUAUGCUCGCUGCAAUAGUGAUGAGUGUUCCUGCAAAUUAUCUGGUGAUGAUGUGAUUUUCAAAACGCAAUCUGAUACCACUUCGGCAGUGACAUUGCAGCUUUGGCGAGGGUUCUAUCACGAUCGUUAUGGUGAUAUUGUCAAGGAUAAGGAUUCCUUCCCACAUCUAGUCAUAGCCCCAAAUGCUGGCAUUGCUGCUUAUACUAGUUGGUUACCCAGUAUUGAGCUAAUGGAAAAGAUGAACAUCCCGGUUGUUUUCACCGACUACUGUGAGGAAGCUUGUCAUCUUGCUGCACGUUGUAUUGAGUCUGUAACUGGCCGCUCCCUUGGAUUGCCUGUUCAAUUGAAUCCAUUCAGGCAGCCGGUAGCGGUGGAGGAUAGUGUGCUGUUGCUUCCUUGUUAUUCAAAUUGCUUUCUUUUUGGGAUGUAAAUUGAUUGAUUUACUAAAAUAAAGUAUUAAACACAUGCUUAUUAUUGUGUAAUUAUUACUUAUGAUUCCUCACAAAAGAAAAAUAUAAUUAACCAUGCAUUAAUCAUUUUAUA